AUCACAUCGUACGAGGUUCACAGUGCAGACAGGAGAGUAUCUCGAGAAAAUUGAGAUAACAUUGAGUUCUCGUCUCGGGGAAGAAGAUUAUGCACAUACGGUAUGAAACAUGGUGCUUUUCGUACGCACUAGUCCUGAUAUUAUUGGUCUUUUCUAUCGUAGAAGGUAGGCCCCGCCGAGACGGAUGGAUCCUGAAGGACGACUCUGUGAUGUGGCAGGAGUUCGUCCUCCUGGAUGGAGACACGAACCCCUUGCUGGCCGUGUCCAACAGGACGCACAAGCUUCCCCCGCCGCACAACUCGGAGGAAGCCACCAUCGAGCAGUUCAAGCAGCUCAAGGUAAAUUAUACUCAGCUUCUGAGUGAGAUCGAUGAGGAUCUUGCAACAGGUGAGAUGAGGCGUGGCCGUCACCUCCCUAGGAUCGUAGAAAAAGCCUUGAAACUUCUCAACCUGAAGCAGGUUGUAACUGAAGUUGAAACUUCUGUCAUGUCCAAAGUGUCCUGUACUGCUUGCAAAGCUGGAGCGGGAUUACUGCAGCAUUACAUUAGAGCAGGAAAAACCAAAGAAGAUAUAGUACAAAUAACUUACAAAUUUUGUGUCAGCCUUCAACUUCAAACUCAGAGAGUUUGUGAAGGAAUUACUGAGCUUUUUGGAGGAGAAGUAGUAUAUGUUCUCAAGAGGGUUUUACUUGGACCUGAAGAAAUCUGCAGUUUUGUCAUUGGUGAUGCUUGUGGAGAUGUAUAUAAUCCAUCCCAUGAUUGGGAAGUAGUUUUCCCUCCUGUCCCAAAGCCAACACCAAAAGCAUUCCCUAUACCAAAGGAAGGUGCAGCAACUUUUAAAGUGUUACAUCUGUCAGAUACCCACUUUGACCCUUACUAUCAAGAAGGGUCUAAUGCUGACUGUAAAGAACCACUCUGCUGCAGGCUUACAAACGGGCCUGCCCCAAACCCAGGAGCUGCAGCCGGUCGCUGGGGAGAUUACAGAAAGUGUGAUACUCCUAAAAGAACUGUUGAUAACAUGCUCACUCAUAUUACAGCAACUCACCCAGACAUAGAUUACAUAUUAUGGACAGGAGACCUUCCUCCCCAUGAUGUUUGGAAUCAAACUAGAGAAGAAAACUUGAUGAUCUUAAAAGAGACAGUAAAUCAGAUGAUUACAAUGUUUCCUGGAAUACCCAUCUUUCCUGCCCUCGGUAAUCAUGAAGCUGCUCCUGUUAACAGCUUUCCACCGCCAUUCAUUCAGAAUGAUUAUGCUAUCAAUUGGUUGUAUGAUGAGCUGGACACUCAGUGGCGAAAAUGGCUCCCAAAUAGUGUGUCUCGAACUGUGAGGCGCGGUGCAUUCUAUUCAGUUCUAGUCAGACCUGGUUUCAGAAUCAUAUCACUAAAUAUGAACUACUGUAACAAUAAGAACUGGUGGUUGCUGCUAAAUAGUACAGAUCCAGCCAAAGAACUGCAAUGGUUCAUUUAUGAAUUGCAGAGUGCUGAAUUCAGUGGAGAAAAAGUUCAUGUCAUUGGUCAUAUUCCUCCUGGUCACAGCGACUGUUUGCGCGUCUGGAGCAGAAAUUAUUACACUAUUAUUAACAGGUAUGAAAACACAAUCACAGCUCAGUUCUUUGGCCAUACCCACUUUGAUGAAUUUGAAGUAUUCUAUGAUAAGGAGGACAUGGGUCGUGCAAUAAGUAUUGCUUACGUAGGACCUUCAGUGACACCUUACAAUGAUCUCAACCCAGGCUAUAGGAUAUAUUAUGUUGAUGGAGAUCAUGAUCAAUCAACAAGGGCUGUUGUGGACCAUGAAACGUGGGUCAUGAACUUGCGUGAAGCCAACCUUUACGAUUAUCCUAUUUGGUACAAGGAAUACAGUACUCGUCAAGCUUACCAAAUGCCUUCUCUUGUUCCGCAAGAAUGGGAUAAUUAUUUGUACAAAUUGGCAGAGAAUGACACAAUUUUUGAAACAUACUACAGGUAUUAUUGGAAAAGUUCACCAGUUAAACCUCCAUGUGAUGGAGAAUGUAAAAAGCGGAUGUUAUGCGAUCUGAGGUCUGGAAGAUCACAUGACAGGAAAUCUCUCUGCCAGGAACUGGAAAGCAGGAUAGACGCCCAAACUAAGACAGGAUGGAGAGCUUGGAUUUACAACACUUUAGCAUUAUCACGUGGAUUGGCCCGAAAUAUAGCGGAUACUGUGGUGUGUGCUCUUAUAACUUGGUGGAGGAGUGGAAAAGUAAUGGGAUGUCUGUCAUAAUGGCGAUACCAUCACUCACAUACGAAAUACCUAAAUUCGUAAUGGGCUUUGGAUGAGCCAGAUUCAAAACAAUGCAUCAGAUAGAUCCAAGGAGGCUGCUCUCGGGCUCCUUGGACGAUGGAUCUGACAGUUUCGCGACCAGUCUACCCCUUGUAAAUGAGCAGGUAGCUUCCUCCUCUAAGGGAUCGCUCUAUCAAAGAUAAAGAAUCUUUAACUAACUAGGUCAUGACCAGUCUAGUAACCACUAUUACUUUUCUGUGAUUAUUAAUUUAAUUUUAUUUAAGAACAUUUAUUUUAAGAUUAGAACCACUAAUUGUAAGGUACUCCCAUCAUUUGUGAUCUUAUUGGAAAACAUUUGUUUUUACUACUUAAUGCCAUGUAAUGUAGACAAAAUUGUUCUGUACACUUGAGAAAAGCAUUUAAGAUAGGCAUAAUUGUACUAUUUAAAAAAAUAAUAAAUUUAUUUAAGUAAUG